CUGGGGGAGUCUGUUUGGUGUCCAGGUGUGAGGUGGUGUGAUUUGCUGGUUUGGCUGAAUUAGCCACGAUUUAGAUGCUUUUAACGAUGGGUUAAUGUCUGAUCAGAAAGGUGACGAUGGUGUUGUAUGAGAGGUACAGAGUGGUUGUGUGUGGUAAGGCUCCUGGGCGCAAUUGACGGGUGUGAAGCUGUGUGUAUUGACUAAUGCGGAAGGUCAUUGCGUGGAGUGUUUUCAGAUGUUGGUGCGUGCACUCAUGGCACGGGACUUUGGAGACUAAAAAGUUCUGAGACUUUUGAGACUUUGUGGUCUCGAAAUGGGACUCGCUUAGUCCUCAAUAGUCCAUCAAAAUUUUAUAAGAGAACAGACAGAGAGACACAUUACAGCUCAACUGUCAACAUCGCACCCUUUCAGACGGCACAUAGACCGAUUGGAACACGUUAACAAUGCUCUCUUCAAGCGAUACAAAGAGACUGUCCAAAAAAGAGAGGCAACAGCUGGCUCUGGAACGGAGAAGACAACAGGUUCUGGAGCAGAAGAGGGUCGAGAAGCUAAACGAUGAACCAUUGAGAUUUGAGCCCUCCAACUCAAUGGACGAGGAUCUAGACACAAUCACCGGUGGUGGAGGAGGUCAUCACCAGCAGCAAAAGGAAGUUGUAUCACUUCGUGAGUUAUUAUCGAGGAAAAGGGAAGAGGUUGAACUGAAUGCACCCAAGUUUCUAUCAAAGAGAGAGAGAGAACAACUCGAGCUCGAACAGAGACGGGAGAGUGAAAGGAAAAAAUUAGCGGAAGCCGAGAGAAAGAGGAAAGAAGGAGAGAUGGACAGUAAGAAGAGACCUUUACGACUGAAGGAGGCUGAUGUUCAGUCGAAGAGAACAAGGCAAGAGACCAAGAAAGCGGUCAAUGGAAGAACAAGCAAGUUCAAUUUUGAAUGGAGAGAUGAAGACGAUACGACAAAUCUCGGUCUAGUACAGGAGUAUGGAAUUCAGCCAGUAGAUGUCAGCUUUAACAGUGCACUGCUAGAUAAAGGCUUGGAUGAUGUCCACUGGUCACGAAAGCCACUUUCUGAGAUGAAGACUAGAGAUUGGAGAAUAAUGAAGGAGGAUUUCGAAAUAAUCACAAGAGGUACGAAUCUACCAAAUCCUCUUAGAUCAUGGACAGAGUCCGAUAUCGUGCCUGACCUGUUGAAGAUUAUCCAAAACUUGGGAUAUAAAGAGCCAACUCCCAUUCAGAGGGCUGCGAUACCAAUUGCAUUGCAAAAGAGAGAUAUUAUAGGUGUCGCAGAGACUGGUUCCGGUAAGACAUUGGCCUUUCUAUUACCAAUGCUUUCAAAAGUGCUGAAACUAGCACGGCUCAACGAAGUUACUAAGAAUGAUGGUCCUUAUGGCCUCAUUCUCGUCCCAACAAGAGAAUUGGCACAACAGAUCGAAAUUGAGCUGAACAAAUUCCUAAGAUUCCUUCCAAUGAUCGAUACGGUAUCGUUGGUCGGUGGUAAAUUAAUAGAGAGGGAUAUUCUAGAUCUGCAAAACAAGAACAUCGAAAUCGUCAUCGCUACCCCUGGACGACUUAUAGAUUGUCUUGAAAGUCAUUAUUUGGUGCUGAACCAGGUCAAAUUCCUGGUAUUGGAUGAAAGUGAUAAAAUGAUCGAGAUGAACUUUGGUGAGCAAGUUGAGAAGAUCAAAACUUUCAUGACCGACGGUGAACGUCAGAACAUGAUGUUCACGGCAACUUUGACCAAUGAGGUGGAGAAGUUGUCCAGAGAAUACGUCAAAUCACCAGCAAUUGUGAAUAUUGGUUCAGCAUCUUCGAGAGACGUUGUGGUUAACGAGAGAAUCACACAAAGGUUUGAAUUCUUUGGGAAAGAUGAGGAGAAUAAGAAGGUCAAAAGACUGGAGAGGAUUGUUACGUCUCACGAGUUUAAGCCUCCAAUUAUCGUGUUCGUUAAUUACAAGGAAACCGGUGAGCAGUUGUUUAAACAUUUGCAAUCAAGAGGUGUUAGAGUUACAAUGAUUCACGGUUCAAAGAGUCAAGAUCAGAGAGAGCUUGCGCUGAAACAGCUGAAAGAUGGCCGUGCAGAUGUAUUGGUUGCAACAAGCGUGGCAAGUCGUGGUAUUGAUAUCAACAACGUCUCUCUUGUAGUCAAUUACCAAAUGACUAAGAAAUGUGACGAGUAUAUCCAUAGAAUUGGAAGAACAGGAAGAGCAGGGAACUACGGUACAAGUAUCACAUUCUUAACAGAGGAUUACGAUAAAGCUGUGUAUCCAGAGUUGAAAAGGCUCCUGCAAAAAAGCGGCAACAAGAUUCCAAGCGAGUUCAAACGACUGGAGGAAGGAUUACAAGCCAUUGUUUGAAUAUAUUGUUUAUAAAGGUGUAUAACAACAACAACAAUCUAUAUCGUCUUUG